CCUUUAAAUAUAUAUAUAUAUAUAUCCUGAAGCCUUUCUAUUAGGCAUCAUGUCGAUUGAAAUACCAAAAAGCCUAAGAACACUUUUUAUGUAUGCAUUUUAAUAGCUAAAAACUGGAAAGGCGAUUUAAUCCCCACAAAAACUGACUAGCAAGCGAAGAUAAUAGAAUAUUUAGAACUUGGGGAAAUGACUGGGAGAAUAAGAGGGAAAUCAAAUCAGAAAGUAAAAACUGGACAAUAUUCAAAGAAUAUCUUUUAAAAGAACUGUGAUAAUGCAAUGCUCCUGAAAGGUUUAGAUUGCAUCUUGAAGGUGAGGUUUUGGCCUCUUCCCUAGUGAAUAGCGUGACCCAAGCUUUUGGAAAGCUGGUAGACUUAUGGAACGAAAUGGGUAUCAGCAGAGAACUGCAGCUGGAGCGCAUGCAGACAGCUAAGGCACACAUUGAGACUCUGUUGAAUGAAAUGAUUGAGGAAGAAAGUAAUUUGAAAGAAAAAAUUGAAAAUGACAUUGAAAUACAGAAGUCUCAGUUGAAUAUCGUGAGAUACGAACUCAAGCUGGACCCCUACCAGGUUGGUGAUGGCUUAUCCAUCAUCCAGUUAGAAAAAGAGUUUCGUCUGGCUUUAGAAGGCGCUCUUAAAGAAAAACAAGAGAGGCUGACGAAGUUGAAACAGCUGCAGCUAGAGGAGCAGAGACUAUGUUCAGAGCUUUAUGCUACUCCAUACUACAUACCGACCGGCAGUGUUCCAAGUUGUUUGCAGCUGGAAGAAUUAGACAAACAUGUUCAACAGCUCUUGAAAGUGAAGGAGCAAAGGUUGAAAGAGUUUUUUAAACUAAGGGGAAAGGUCAGGCAGUAUAAUAAAGAAAUUGGACACACACCAGAUGGGACACUGGAAAGUGAUAUGUUGAGCGAUGAAGAAGAAUGCAUUUGCCUUACAAAGAAAAACCUUGAGGAUCUCGAAUUGCUUGUUCAUCAGUUGCAGGUCAAGAAAGACUCUCUAAUUGCCAGCAGAGAUGCUCUGGUGAAAGAGGUGCAAGUUUUGUGGGACAGACUUCAACAGCCACAAGAGAAGCAGGAGCAACUCACAAUGUUGGCAAGCAGAUGUCCUAUUUCUGAAGCAAUAAAAAUGUGGGAAGAGGAGUUGGAGAACCUGGAAGUGCUGAAGAAGGAAAGUUUAAAACAAAUUACUUUCAGAGUCAGGCAAGAACUUCAUGAUUUCUGGGGGAAAUGCUUUUAUUCUGAGGAACAAAGAGCUGCGUUUCAGCCCUUUUUAAGUGAUAAUUUCUCUGAAGAGUUGUUGAGUCAACACGAUGAAGAACUUUUGAGAAUAAAAGAGGUUUAUGAGAAAAACAAACACCUAUAUGAUAAUGUUCACAAAUGGAAUGCCAUCGGGGAGCGUUUGGGUGAACUGGAGAAAAAAUCAACAGAUCCAAGCAGACUUCUAAACAGAGGGGGUACCUUACUCAAAGAGGAAAGGGAAAGAUCAAAGCUUCAAAAACAAUUGUUAAAGUUGGGGGAAGAACUGAAGAAAGAUACUGAAGACUGGGAGAAGGAAAACAACUCACACUUCCUUGUUAAUAAUCAGAGGUUUCUGGACUCCAUGGCCCUGCAAUUGCAGCAUCACAAAAUUAAGAAAGAUCAACCCAAAAUUUCAUUGAAGAGGGAUGAAUGUGGAACUCCCAAAUCAGCUACUAAAAGACCUGCAGGAGGUGUGAACAUGCCACCGCCUAGCAAGAUGCGGAAAUUGUCUGAACAGCUGAAGCAGUUGAAGGAUCGCAGUCAUAUAGAGGUCUUCGUGUAAAGAGAUGGUGAUUGGUAUUCAUUGAUUCUUCCCGAUAUCCCAUCAGAAGCACUUUCAAGGUACAGUGGUACCUCAGGUUACAUAUGCUUCAGGUUACAGA